AUGGCGGUUGUGUUCCUCAGAUGCAGCGGCAGAAGGAGGUGGGUGCUUUCUUGUGGUGAAUCCCUAUGGUUAGCAACCUAUCUGGGACAGCAAGCUGCUGAGGGCCCUGUGGUCGUGCUCUCAGUCCAUGUCCUCCUCCGCUUGUUUCUUGCCUACACGGACUCACAGACUCAUGCCCCUAUGGCACUGCACCCCACAUCCCUCUCACAAGCUGCUAUACCCACGUCUGCCCCACUGCAAGGACUCAACCCCUCACAGCGCAGGCACACUGUUCACCAAGGUACUACUCCCUCCCCUCCUCAUACCCUCUCCCUCCCCUCUCCCUCUUCCCCCUCCUCCCCCAAUUCCGCACUCCUACACCAACGUCUACCCCACGGAUUUCUGCCUCUCUGUGGUGCCGCACUGCUCUCACCCACAUGCUGUCCCUUUCUCUUCCCUAUCCACCCCCCCCCCCCACCCUUCUCUCGUCUUCCCACCAGAUCUUCUCCGCACCUGCUUUUCCUGCACCGAUUUCUGAACCACCAACUCCCACCCCCACGACACUGUCUCCCAGCCCCUCUCACCAACCACUGCGAAUUGAAGCUGGGCGAGGCUGUUGGGUGCCUCGUGGGGGCGUUCUUCCUGAACGACAAGCAGGGGACCAGCAUCGGGAGAAUUGGAGUCUCAUUUCUUCUUUGGUGGGGGAAGGUAAUGGUGGUGUUGCAGGGAGGUCUCAUGGUGGUGUUGCAGGGAGGUCUCAUGGUGGUGUUGCAGGGAGGUCUCAUGGUGGUGUUGCAGGGAGGUCUCAUGGUGGUGUUGCAGGGAGGUCUCAUGGUGGUGUUGCAGGGAGGUUUCAUGGUGGUGUUGCAGGGAGGUCUCAUGGUGGUGUUGCAGGGAGGUCUCAUGGUGGUGUUGCAGGGAGGUCUCAGCUUCUUGCUUGCCACUCGCUUCCUUCCUCCCAGGUAG